AUGUCAGAUGAAAACCAAAGUAGCUGCCCGGCGUGUGGGGAAUCCGACAACAGUAGGAUGGUCGCUUGUGAUAAGUGCGGAAGUUGGUGGCACUUUGAGUGCGUCGGCGUAGGGGAAAGCGUUAGCGAGAAAGACUUUCUCUGUCGGAAGUGCAUCUUUACUGAGAAGGAACCCACACAAGAUCCGCGAAAAUCGACGAGCGCUGCCGGUUCAGAGGCAGGCGCAUCUGCUAGCAGCGUCCGAGCGAGAACUAAAUUUCGUCUGCAGAAACUUCAGGAAGAAGCAGAACUGAAAAAGCGACAAUUGAAUCUCGCGCUGGUUGAGCAGCGGAAACGUCACGAGGCGGAAAAGCUGUUGAAGGAAAUCGAUCUCGAGAAAAAACAGCUGGAAAUCGAUUCAGUAUACCUGCGGGAGAAAUUUCAAGCGAUGGAAGACGAUUGCGAAGAAGAAGGCGAUGAUCAGAAAAGUCGGAAAUCCGUUCAGAGCAGCGACAGCAAGGUCAAUCAAUGGCGUAAGCGACAUCUAGAGGGUUUGGUGAAUUCUACCUUAGCCACUCAGGAGACAGCUUUCCCUUCGACGACAACUGCGACAGCUGCCGUGCAGGAAACCCCGUCGUGUACAGCAUUCUCGUCUGCGCAAGUAACAACAUUUGUAACAACCAGCCGUGCGAAUGCGACGGUCGUCCCAGAGAUCCCGUUACAAGUUCCGUGUACGGUGUCCACUUCUAUCGUUCCGGUGGAUCCAGCAUUUCAAUGGAGCCAGCCGUGGGUUCGCAAUAAUGGUAUCAGCGGUAUGAAAAAUCAAAUGCCGCGACAGUAUCCAUACGGGACAUCUCAGGUAGGAGGUGUAAUUAAUAGUAUAAACGUUAGGCCCCAAGGCAGUGCUGGAAAUAAAGCACCGGUAGGAGGCAAUUUCGUGCCUAGUAGUGCUGUACCCCUACAGGGAGGUAAUCAAUGUAGCAAUCGUAAUUCGUAUGAUGCAUUCUACCGCCAGUUUCCCACUCAUGUGUAUCCAUUUGAUCGGAAAUUCUAUGGAUUUAAUAAUCAAAUAUCUCAAUCGUAUCCCUUCGGGAUUUCGCAAGUAGGAGGUGUAAUUAACAGUUCGAACGAUAGGUCUCAAGGCAACUGUGAUGGUAAAACAUCGGCAGGAGGCAAUGUUUUGCCAGGUAGUGCAGUACCUCUGCAGGGAGGUAAUCAGUGUAGCAAUAGUAAUUCGUAUGAAAGAUUCGAUCAACAGUUUUCAAAUAAUGUACACCCACUCGAUCGAACUCAUUUAUUAUCUUCUGCGUUACCAGUGCAUGACCCAUCACAGCCGGGAAUACAAUAUCCCUCUCUUAAUUUAUCGCCAGUUACUCAAGUCGAGCCCACUUCGCUACAACUGGCAGCACGCCAGGUGAUGUCAAAGGAACUUCCGCUGUUCUCAGGUGAUCCGGAAGAAUGGCCGUUAUUUAUAAGUUCGUUUAACAAUUCCACAAGUGCAUGUGGAUUUACUCACACGGAAAAUUUAAUGCGACUCCAACGGUGUCUGCGUGGUGCCGCGUUGGAAGCGGUACGAAGCAAAUUGUUGAUUCCGGAUUCCGUGCCACAGGUCAUAUCGGUUUUGCAGACUCUUUAUGGCAGACCUGAAAUUCUAGUGUAUGCUUUGCUUAAGAAAGUGAGAGAAGUUCCAACUCCGCGACCAGAGAAACUCGAGACACUUAUAGGGUACGGAAUAGCUGUACAAAAUCUUUGCGAUCAUCUGCUCGCGAGUCAUCAGGAAGCGCAUUUGAACAAUCCUACGCUACUUUAUGAGCUGGUGGACAAACUGCCGGCGAAUCUCAAGCUUGAAUGGGCAAUGGUUAAACGUCAACAACCCGGAGCUGAUCUUCGAACGUUUGCGACUUAUAUGUCAACUUUGGUAUCUGCGGCCAGCGAGGUCACGCUGACGGUAGAUAUGAGGGCAAAUCAUCCGAAGCACGACAAAUCGAAAGGGAAAAACUUCUGUAAUCCACAUUCGACGGACAUAUCGAAGCUAUCCCAGCCAGCUGAGAGUAGUUCUUUGGAUAAACGAUGUCUCGUUUGUCAAGAAGCAUGGCAUAAAGUGCGAGAUUGUAUUGCUUUCCGGAAACUGGACGUUGAUAACCGAUGGAAAUUGGUCCAGAAGUUAUCACUCUGUCGUACCUGUUUAUUCUCGCAUGGAAGGCGAUCGUGUAAGUCGAAGAGUCGAUGUGAAAUAGGAGGUUGCUCGUACAGGCAUCAUCCGUUGCUGCAUACUGAUCCGAAAAGAAGUAAUCCGUCAUCAGCCAGAGACACGGCGGUGCAAAACCAUCACGCUACUGGGAGGGGGUCUCUUUUCCGCGUUGUGCCAGUCACACUCCAUGGGGAGAAACGUUCGGUUACUACUUUCGCUUUCCUAGACGAUGGCUCGUCGAUAACGCUGAUUGAUGAAUCUAUUGCUGAUUCUCUCGGUGUGAAUGGCAAAUCUGAAAGCUUGUGUCUGUCCUGGACGGGAAACGUGACUCGGUCGGAAGAACAUUCUAAGCGAGUGAGGUUAGAUAUUUCCGGUAUCUCCCAAGAGAAGAAGUUUGUACUCUCUGAUGUUCGCACGGUUAAGGAUCUAGGAUUGCCGACACAGACUCUCCGCUAUGACGAAUUGGUGAAGCUCUACCCAUACUUGGCAGGUCUGCCUAUUCCGGAUUACCGGGAUGCCGUUCCAAAGAUUUUGAUUGGUAACGACAAUGCGCAUUUGAGUGUCACCUUGAAGAGGCGUGAACGACAGGUGGAUGAACCCAUAGCUACCAAAACGAGAUUGGGAUGGGCGAUCCAUGGGCCAAUAUUGACGAUGGGGAACGAACGGUGUUUCAACAUGCACCUGUGCAAAUGUGUAAGAGAAGAGGACGAUUUACAUGAACUGGUAAAACAGUAUUUUUCGUUGGAAAAUAUGAGAGUUUCUAUACCACAAAGCCUCGAUACCGAAGAGAAUCAACGGGCAAAGCAGAUUUUGCAAUCAACCACUCAGCGUGUUGGCUUACGAUUUGAAAUUGGAUUAUUGUGGAAAUUUGACGAGUUCGAGUUUCCCGACAGUUACUUCAUGGCCAUACGGCGGCUAGAAUGCCUCGAAAGGCGUAUCAAGGCGGAUGCCGGUAUAGGUGGUAGUGUACUACGACAGAUACAGGAAUAUAAAGCAAAAGGAUAUAUACAAAAGGCUACGGAAGAAGAACUUGCCGCAUCCGAUCCGCGAAAGGUCUGGUAUUUACCAUUGGGCGUCACCACGAACCCCAAGAAGCCAGGAAAAAUACGUAUUUUCUGCGAUGCUGCUGCGAAAGUUGACGGUGUGAGCUUGAACACGAUGCUGAUUAAGGGACCGGACCUGCUCGUACCGUUGAAGGGAGUGCUCACUGGAUUUCGUGAAAAAAGAAUAGCUAUCUGUGCCGACGUGAAAGAAAUGUUUCACCAGAUGCUCGUGCGAAAGGAGGAUCGAGAUGCCCAACGUAUAUUGCUGAGAGAUGACCCUAAUCAGAAUCCUCAAGUGUACUUCAUGAAUGUAGCCACGUUCGGGUCCGCGAGCUCGCCAUGUUCGGCGCAAUUCGUUAAGAAUUUGAAUGCUACGGAAUAUGCAGAUCGAUAUCCUGAAGCUGCCGACGCGAUCAUACGUAAGCACUACGUCGAUGAUUAUCUGGACAGCGUGGAUACUGAAGAGGAGGCCAUUCGUAGGGCGAGGGAAGUUACUUUCGUGCACUCUAGAGGUGGUUUUGUCAUUCGUGGAUGGAUGUCUAACUCGGAAAAGGUUUUGAGUAAGCUCGGUGAGACGAAGACAGCAGAAGUUAAAGAGUUCUUGACGGGAACUGGCCUAUGUUCGGAGCGCGUGCUUGGCGUGCUUUGGAUACCACAGGAAGACGCAUUUACGUACGCGUCCAACUUUACGGUAGUACCUGCCUGGCCCACCAAGAGAGAGCUGCUAAGAACGACGGUACGAGUUUCGCGCUGUUACUUUCCAGAACAGCCUUCAUCGGCAGUCGAGAAUAUACAACUACAUGUAUUCGUUGACGCAAGCUUGGUUGCGUUUGCCUGCGUAGCCUAUCUGCGGGCCGAAGUAGCGGGACAACUGCAGUGCGCAUUAAUAUGCGCGAAGGCGAAGGUAGCCUCACUCAAAUUGACGUCGGUACCGCGACUGGAACUUCAAGCAGCACUGCUAGGAGCGCGAGUAAUGGAGGACAUCUGUAACACUCAUACUCUACCAAUCGCGAAGAGGUAUAUGUGGACUGAUUCGAAAACCGUUAUGGGCUGGAUCAAUUCUGAUCAGCGCAGAUAUACGCAAUACGUCGCUUUCCGUAUCGGGGAGAUCUUGGAGAAAACGAGUAGAGCUGAAUGGCAUUGGCUUCCGUCGGAUUUGAACGCUUCAGACGAUGCUACGAAGUGGAAGGGGCAACCCGAUUUGAAUCCAAACGGCCGUUGGUUUGGAGAACCUGAGCUUUUGCAUAUGGAUGAGGCGUACUGGCCGUCAUCUCAGGGUGUAAACUACGAUACGAUAGAGGAGCAGCGCCCUAACCUGGUAAUCGAGCACGAAGUGGUUCGUUCAGUGUUCGACUGGGAAAGAUUUUCGAAAUGGCAACGUCUCACCCGAGCUAUCGGAUAUGUCGGUCGAUUCCUUGGGAAUCUGAAAGCGAAGAUACGGCGGGUUCCUGCUACACACGGACCACUGUCGAGAGAAGAAUUGGAAAUGGCGGAAACGUGGAUAUUUCGUGCCAUCCAGAAAGAGGUUUACUUGAAGGAGGUGGUCUUACUUUCGAAGCUUGACACUGUGAAAAAAGGUAUUAAAUUAGGCGGUGGCAGUAAACUCUACAGACUCUCUCCGUUCCUGGACGAAAAGGGAAUUAUGCGCAUGGAAAGCCGAAUAAGCUUGGCGGCGUUUGCGUCGUACGAUACUAGGAACCCUAUCAUACUUCCUCGAAAUCACCAUGUUACAAGCCUCAUCGUCUUGUGGUAUCAUCGUAAAUUCCUGCAUGGAAGCAGGGAAACGGUCAUCAACGAAUUGAGGCAACGCUUCCAUGUCUCUUACCUUCGCACCGUAGUUCGGAGUGUAACCGGAAAGUGUGCUGAAUGUAAAAUCCGUAAUGCUGUCCCCUGGGUACCCCGGAUGAGCCCGCUGCCGAGAGCCAGACUUGGAGCCUUCUUCCGACCAUUUUCGUUCACGGGUCUGGACUAUUUUGGUCCCAUAACCAUUCGAGAGGGCCGAUGCAAUGUGAAACGUUGGGUAGCGUUAUUCACGUGCCUAUCUAUCCGCGCAGUGCACUUAGAAGUCGUGCAUUCAUUGUCAACGGAAUCCUGCAAGAUGGCGAUUCGCCGGUUCGUGGCCAGACGAGGCUCUCCUUCCGAGAUCUAUAGCGAUAAUGCGACGAACUUCGUGGGUGCAAGCAACGAACUCCGGGACGAAAUCAAAGUCAUGAACGCAUCCUUAGCCGAGACUUUCACGAAUGCUACUACGAAAUGGAUGUUUGUUCCACCGUCUGCUCCGCACAUGGGCGGCGCCUGGGAAAGGAUGGUGCGCUCCGUCAAAUCAGCUUUCUACGCAAUGUCAACUACGCAGCUCCCUACGGAAGAGAUAUUCGGUACAGUACUGGUAGAGGCGGAAAGUAUCGUUAACUCUAGGCCUCUAACGUUUCUUCCGUUGGACAUGGCUAAUCAGGAAGCCCUAACUCCCAACCACUUCCUUCUUAGCAGUUCCAGCGGGGUGGCACAGCCGCCGAGGAGACUGGUUGAGUCGGAUAGCGUAUGUCGGAGUGAUUGGGAUCGAAGUCGCCGCUUGGUGGACCUGUUUUGGGGUCGCUGGAUACGCGAGUAUCUGCCCGUUAUUGCCAAAAGGACGAAAUGGUUCGGAGAGGUAAAGCCGGUUAAGAAAGGUGACUAA